AUGCAGUGGUGUAGAUCUCACUUCAGAACACACUCAAAAUGUGACAUUCUCUUGAAUAACAUGUGUGAGGCAUUCAACAAGUCUAUCCUUGAUGUUAGAGACAAGCCUAUCGUAACAUUGCUCGAGAGGAUCAAGUAUUACAUCAUGUUGUUGAUGACAACUAGAAGAGAAUCUAUGGAGAAAUGGGCCCAUGAUGUGGGGCCAAGAGUUUUUGCAACUCUUGAGAAGCUUAAGAAGCAGUCAGCCUGGUGCAUUCCAAGGCUUGUAGGGGAGAACAAAUAUGAGGUUAAGUGUUUUGGAGGCACUCAGGUGGUAGUUGAUUUAAGAAACAGAAGUUGUUCAUGUAGGCAAUGGGAUCUAACUGGGAUCCCAUGUAAGCAUGCUUGUGCUGCCAUUGGAAAAUUAAAUGGCAAUCACAUCAGCUAUGUCCAUGAUUAUUACAAAAAAGAGGCCUUCAUCAAAGCUUACACACCCAUGGUGCAUCCAAUGGCAAGUCAAGACUUGUGGGCUAAAACAAAUUUGCCACCUUUGCUGCCACCUAAGUUUCAUAAGCAGCUAGGGAGGCCAAAGAAAACCAAGAAAGCUUCAGCUGGUGAACCAUCACUACUACAAAAAAGGAAAAACACGACGGGAAUUCACCGUCGUGUAUUCUGUUUUCAAAUGGUCGUGGAAUCCACCGACAUCUUUUCCAUAACCAAACCACGACGGUGA